AUGUCUGAAAAGGAACUCAAACGCGCCAGUGCAAUAUCUCAGUUCAGUCCUUGCGCAUCUUCUUCCGCAGCGGCAAAUGUCCCCGAGCUUCUACCAACAUGGAGCGAUGAUCCAGAAAUGAAUGCCUCCGAAAGCUUCGAAGCCGAAAGUGAACUGCGUAACCACUUUCCCCAUUACGAGAUCCCAACCAAGGGACCGCGAGUGCAAGAUCAUGUGCGAACUCUCGUUUUAAUGGAAUUUCACCAGAAAGUUCGGUACAUGGUGUGUUAUUUGAAAACAUUUGACUACCUCUUACUUCAACGAUGGCCGAAAGAACACCAACGAUUGGCGGAACUAAUGGCCCUAGAUCGAAUCCCGCAGUUGAUCAGGCUAUUCCGAAGUCUUGUGCAAACAAUUGAAAAGACUAUAGAACCUCAAGGUUAUGGAAAAAUGGCUGAGGCUGUUCUCCAAUGGCUGACAAAAGAUGACGAGACCAAUUUAAAGAUGCUUGCAAUCAAGAGGCAAUUGAUGGUUGAUUUCGUUGAGAUUUCCGAGGCAAAAAUUUGGAAGGAUAUCUAUACAAAACUGGCGAGCAUUCCUCAUUCAAUCGAUAAGAUUUGUAUGCCAUUGGUCAAACUAAUCAAUGAUGGCCAUUUCUUCUCCACAAUCGAUAAAGGUGAACAACUGACGCGUCAUCAAGCUCAAUUUGGAAAUUUUCCAUUUGCGGAUCUGAUGUUACAGUUCCCGAGAACCCUCUUCCGCUACUGGGUAAUUGAAUACUCCGAGAUCGCAGUAGACAAAUUAACCUUCACAAGCGACAACAAAAUCAAUUAUGAUUAUGUAAAGGAGAAAACAGAAGUUCUUGCUAUUCUUCUGGAUUCCGCACUUAUUCUACUAGUUAAAGAUGGUGGAAGGUAUUGCCUUCGACCGUUUAAGCCAACAAAAGAGCCAGGAGUGGAAAAUACGGUUGCUUCUACCUCUUCUUUGAGUUCCGCUCAAUCUGCUGUGGCUUCAAAUCUGUUAGGAAAUACUAUGAAGUUAUCGCCUGUGUUCUCAACGGACUCCGUAUUCGCUUCCUUGGGUGAACAAAUUGGUCACGAAUACAUGCUGAAUAUGAUAUUCAAGGAACAGGCUAUACUCCUACGGCUGUCUUUCUCCUCCAAGGAUACGCGAGAAAAGUGGUUGUGCGUUUUGAAAAAACGCGAAGAGAUCUCUAAUCAGAGGAUUCUAGCAACCCAGAAGGCACGCUCUAGUCUACCUCCAGUUAGCACGCAUUCUUCGUCCAAUGACCUCAAGAUCAGUAUGGAGUCGGCUAAGCCUGCCAGAUCAUCAACACAGAUAGCGCAAUCAAUCUCUGCACCCGAUGAAUCACCUCAGAUGCAGGAGUCUGGACUUUCCUUGGAUACAUCAUCUCCUGAGGCCAUCGAUGAACAGAUUACUCAUUUCACUGGGAAAAUCAGUGAAAUGCAACAUGGUCUACAGGAGCUGGUACGAUCAAUAUCCACUGCCAAAAAUAUAGAUGUCAAUGAAAUAUUGGAGAAAAUUUCUCUAAAUUCUGAUGAGACUGUUCCUCAGUCAAGGGAAGAAUUGAUGAUUGCUGAAUUGGUGAUGACCGGAAAUUGGUUGAAGUUUGUGAAAAGACAUCUUCGUCAGCUUUCACAUGCCCAUAUAUGGGGCAGUAAGGAGAAAUUGGAGCCUUUAACCAUGUCCACUACAUCUAAACUUCAUGCCAGUAUUGAGAAGGGACACAAUCAAUUCAUAUCUCCCAUCGUUGCUAGACUCUCCGAUAGAAGGAAACGAUCGAGGACUAGAAGUAGGUCGAAUUCCAGCGAUUUUGUCAGGGCAGAAUUGACAAAAUCUUCCAUUGGGGAAAGUAAGGAGAAAGAACUCGACUUUCAAGAGGAUGAGUUGGAGUUUGGAAAUGAGGAAAGUAAGAGACGUGGCCGGAAACAACUAAUUGAAAUCAUUCAUGGUCUACAAAACCUAUCAGUGGUCGCUUCUCGUGCCCUACGUAGUUUGGGACCAAAAGAAAAAGAAGGAAUAACAACACUUGAAGACUCGAAAUCGGAAGAAGAGCAACAGGAAGCCUUUCUGGAUGCUAAUUCUUCUCUUUCUUCUUCAUCUUCUUCAAAUUUCAUAACGGACGAAACAGACGAGCCUAAAACAAACGAAUUCGAAAAUGUUCGAGAAACCGCUAGUUUAGAAGAAAAACGUCCAAGUGUCUAUGAGAAUGAAGAAAUUGGCAUGGAAACAGGAGACGACACAGAGUGUCAGGACAUUCCUGAUAUUGACGAUUAUGCUGAAAUUCCGCCGAAAGUACCUGUCUCGAAGUUGGAUGAAGAACUUCCAACUACAUCAACACCUCUGGCCACAGAAGAGAAUGAAUAUAACAAUAAAGAAUACAAGCUUUAUGAAGAUGAGCUGAAGUUAGUUGCGCUACAACUCGUUGAUGAAGUGAUAGACGCAGUUGGUGAGUUAAUCUAUUUAAUGAUUCAUAUUUUUGUGGAUGUUAAUGCUAAAAAAUUGGGGCUGUUUCUACUGCAUUCUUUAUUUUUCUUCAUUGAUAACAAAGUCAUCUGA